AUGGCACAACGGACGGUAGCCGGAGAACGUCCAAGACCACCCUUAACAAGGUCCGAUUGGGAUGAGCUCUGGGGGUCCCAGUACGACAUAGCGACUGAUAUAGCAUCACCGUUUGCGGACCAGCUCAUCCAAGCAUACCCAGACGCAAAAGUCGUCAUCGUCCAGCGAGACUUCGAAUCCUGGUGGCCUAGCUACAGGUCCGAGUUUCUAGAUACCUUAUUUUCUCCUGUAGCACGAGUCUCUGUUUUUCUCUUGGAGCAUGUGAUGGGCAUACGAUCGGGCCCCACCAUGAAGAAGGUCCAUUUUGGCUUUUUUGGGGCCAAGGAUAGGGCCGGUGUGGAAGCUAACGCACGCGUGGCUUACGAGGCGUAUUACAGGAGAAUAAGGGAAAUGGUGCCCCCCGAGAGGAGAUUAAAAUAUAGGAUGGGAGAUGGUUGGGGACCGCUAUGCGCUUUUCUGGGGAAAGAGGUUCCUGAUGUGCCUUUCCCGCGCUUGAAUGAGCGGAAGUCUCAUAGAGCAAGUGAUACUAAGAGGAAAUUAACGAUAGCAUUGGCUACGGUACGAAAGGCGGGAAUAUUCCUACUCCCUGUUGUAAUCCUUGGGGCUGCGUUGUGGUAUUCUAGGACGAGUGUAGACUAUCUUGGGCUUUGA